AUGGCGCACUUUUCCCCCUCUAGCUAGUAAAAAUAUGGAGGCACGAAGUAGUCCUUUGAUUCGUGAAAUCUGCUGCUAAAGCAGUGUUUGGACAAGCAAGAUAAAGCCAGGUAGCAUGUAAUUCUUUAAAAACUUCUUAUUUUCAUACAUUUUAGCUUCAAACCAGUUCUGGCGAAGUUAGCUAAAACGGAUCAGCUACAGCUGCUAGCAGCGGGAGCUAGCUGCUAGCAGCUGCGAAACACACAAGUAGGACUCGGAGGAACCGGAGUUUAUGGAUUUGGAUUUUUCCUUUAAUCAAUAUGGGAAACCUAACGAUGACCGGCGAAACGUCAUUGAAAGGAGCAGUUUGACGGGUCGUCCCAAGCGCCAGUUGACAUUUUGUCCCCAGUCCAACCGGAUGUCGCAUAAAGAAGUUGCUCAGGCAAGGAAUACCCAGCUCCCUCCACCCCCAGCAAACGGCUCUCAGCGGGGAGUGCAAGGGACAGAAGACGAGUAAACGUCCGGGGAGCGGAGAGCCUCAGGUCAGUUCGGCCUCCGCUGAGGAGUCCACCAAAUCUCCUCCGAUGUGUGAGCCAAGGAGCUGCCAAUGCAUCCAACCUCAACGCCGACCGUCACAGCCAGGAGCCAUGGGCUGCGGCCUGCGCAAGAUCAAACCCCCGUCUGAGGAGAACAGUCCAGGGAAGAUUUACUCCACCCUGAGGAGACCGCAGGUGGAGACCAAAGUGGGCGUGGCUUACACCUACCGCUACCUGGACUUCCUGAUUGGGAAAGACGGAGGAACCUCCACGCUGCGCCUCUCCUCGGUGCGGGAGCUGCCCGCUCAGCUGCAGGAGCUGUACCAGCAGGGCUUCGUCCUCGCCGCUGUCCACCCCUUCAUCCACCCCUGCGGCCCCGAGUCCGGCAGCCCACAGCACCACCUGUACCGGGCCAUACUGGUCCGACUCAGUGAUGGGGCGGAGAGGAGCCCGUCGGUCUGCCCACAGUUCAAGCUCCAGCUGGAGGAGUGUCUGUCUGCUGAGCGGGUUCCCACCCCAGAGCUGAUCCAGGGCUACAUCAAGAAGCAGGUCCAGGAUGCUGCCGACCAGGGGGUGACGUUUGUGGGAUUCAUCCAGGAGCCGUACGGGGCGUUAUGCGCCCGGAUAAGAGAGCCGGAGACCCCCUCACUGUCCUUGCACUCCAGCCCCAGCUCGGUGCUGGGCUCCCUGGGCAGCUGCGGCCCGUCCAACCCUCCGAGUCCCAGCCGCCACGCAGAAUCCGCAGCUCAAGCCGUGGAGAUGCGGGGGAACGAGGAGAGGGAUCGGCGUGACGGCGAGGCCGGGGUCACUAAGGACGGCGUCUCCACUGCUGCGUCUCCAUCGCCGGAGGAAGAUCUGGACGGCGGCGAGGAGCUGACAGAGGAGGACUCGCCGUUACACAACGGCAACAAGGACAGCAAGCCAGACGCCAAGGAGAGGCCAAGAUACCGGCUGAGGAAAGGUGAUGGAGUGGAUCUGCUGGCUCUGUUCAACCACCCGCCGGUCCGGGAAGGCCAGCUCAAGUACUACACGGUCAAGGUUCCCCUCCGGGUUCAGAACUGCAAAGAGGGCGUCAGAGGGGUGGAGGCCAACUGGCUGGAUCACAUGACGCAGCACUUUAACAACGGAGCCUUGCUGGUGGACGGAUACUUCCACCUCGGCGCAGACGAUUUGUUAUCUAAAUCGGUGGAAAGUGUCUUCGUCUUCCAGGAGGCGAGCGAAGAAGAGCCUCAUGUGGCCACACCCACUUAUGACGCCAUUGUGGUGGAGCAGUGGACCAUCAUUGAUGGUCUGCAGGUGAAGGCCGAUUACGUCCCCCUGCUUCAGUCUUUGGCCACGUACGGAUGGAGACUCACCUGCGUGCUGCCAACCCCUGUAACCAAGGCGAACAGUGACGGAAGUCUGUCCACCAAACAGAUCGUGUUCCUGCAGAGACCCGUCCUGAGCCGAAAGAGGAGAGAAUCAAAGAAAUUAAUCUUCAAGACCCGAAGCAAGUCCAACAAGAACAGCACCAAAGACUCUGCAAAGAACAAGAGGAAGAGGACUAAAGGGGAGAAGGACGCUGAAGAUCCUAAGAGCUCCAACAACACAGGAAAGCAGGAAGACGGCAAGAAGGAGGCUGAAACGGCGAACGCCGCCGCCACCGCCGAGGCGGAUGAAACUCACAGAGGAGCAGAGGAGUCGCAGGAGGACAGACAGACUGAAAGCAGAAACGAGAAAAACAGCCUGGAAGUGGAGAAAGAAGUCGCAACCGUGGCGCUGGAGGGGGAGGAGCUGAAGGAGAGGAGUGAAACCGUGGCAACAGUUGAAAAGCAGAGUGAAACCAAAGACGAGGAGAUCGUGAUGGAAAACGGCUUAGAAGGAGAAGAGGAGGAAAAGGAACGUGAAGAGAUUGAAAGCAGGAAAGGAGAUUCUGUGGAGGCGGAGCUUAAGGUGGAGGGAGUGGCUGAGCUGCAUGCCUAGCUCCUCCCACUUUCCCUCCUGACUGUUUUUUUUCCGGCGUGGUCCUCAUCAGCUCCUUUUUGCAGUGCCCCGCCUCCAUCCAUCCAUCCAUCCAUCAUGUUUGAUCCCCAAAGACCUUCUGAAGGUUUUUUUGCUAGGCGCGGUCCACUGUACCACCACGCACGCUGAAUGUACCAGCAGAUGCUGGGGAGGAACCCAUGGAGGCCUGCUCCUGCAGCCACCUGCUAAGGAAAGGAAGCAGAUCCGGCAGGUUCUUGGAGAACUCGGUUUGAUCGACUUUUUCUCCUCCUGAGGAGAAAGAAGGAAUAGAAUUACUUGUUCAACCACAAAGGGGCGCUAGAUCCCCUUCAGCGCCGGUGAGCUAAAGGAUGACGCCUUCCUGGCUUCGCCACGGACUUCCAUACAGAUAAAGCUCUGGCUGGACGCAGGCCCGACUCCUCCCCCAGGACAGAAGUGGAGGAGGCGGGGAGGGCGUUUGUUGCGACAGGCAAUCCAAAGUGGGAGGAAGUUACUUUUUUAUGCUGAGCUCUAAGCCGCCAAGUGCUUCAAAGAGAGCUCCUCACCGGGCGUCGGUGGCGAGCAGAGAGCUCACCUUCAAUCCAGAAUGUUCCGCUUUCAAAGCCAAGUCAGAGACGGAGGAAGUUCCACUGAAUGUUUGCACCUCAAAGCCAAGGCACACCUUUCAGUUGAGUUUCAUACACGCCGAUGAGGAAGUUCGUUUCUGCCUCUUUUCUUUUCUCCUGGGAGUCAAAAUAAGAAGCUACUGUCUCUAAAUCAGGACCACCGAAGACCAAUUUCUCUGUCAGAGAUGUUUAGCAGAGUGCAUGUAAAAUGUGGAGAGAGGACAAAAAAGCAUAGCUAAAGUGAUGAGUCAUAACUAAAAACUCAUUUUCCCCUGAAUUACUUUAUCCAGAAAUAUUCUGUAAAUAUUUCAUAUGGAUGGAAAUCUGUCCGACGUGUUAAAAAUGUGUUCACCGCCUUGAAAUAUUAAGGAUUUGAGAAUCGCUUGAAAAAGUCACACAGACUCAGAUUUAGUUGGGAACAAUGUAAAGCGGUAUCCAUGACAACGGUUGAUGCUGGCAGGCGUCUAAAGCUACCAUCAGAAAGAAGUAGCCAUUCCUCCAGUUCUACUACAGCAGAAUCCCACUAAAGCCUCGUUUCCACUGAGCGGUCCGGUACGUUCCGGACCGAUCCUAUAUUUUGAGUGUUUCCAUUAUAAAAUGGACUCAUUAAGCCGGUCCAAAGCGUACCGUCUUUGGAACCCCGUUGGUUGUAUGUCCAUAGAAAAUUGGAAAGGUUGGGGUGGAACUACUGUCAUCACACAAUGAAACCCGUUGAUUGGCAGAAGGUCGAACCAGCUGCAACAUUUUCGUCUGUAUUCCUCUUUGCCGCCCGCAAUCUUCUCUCAAACGCCUUUAAAUAGAUACGAAGUACCAAAAUCUAAGAAUAAAAAAAAAAGCAUCUGGUUGACCUCCGUUGUUGUCGAUAGCUUCACUUUUGCUGUAGUCACACUACUAUGACGCCAAACUUUGCAUAAGGUGUACACCCCACAUGCGCCGCGAUGGCCCCACUUUGAGUGCAAACACUCACCUGAAUUGCCCGGACCAUUCUAAACCAGCCUUUGAUUCAAAAUAGAAACCUUAUAAAUUGUUGAGGUCCAUAGCAACCAUAUGAUUUUACGCUUCACUGGAGCUGGUUAAUAUGUCCACCAAGUUUCCUUCCCUUAUCUCAAACUAAAUCGUUCGGUUUCCAUAGCAACCAUGUAAGAAACAGUUUUAUAGAUAUUUGAUGAGGAUUUCUAGCUUUUUUCUUACUAGAGACUGCCAUAUUGGUAAUACCUCUGUGGGAACCUAACCGUUGCGCUUUAGCCCUUUUCUCAACACCGUGAAAACAGUAACUCAUUAUUUUGGACUUCUUUUCCUGCCAUAGUUUUUCCUGAAACUGGCAGAGAUAAACGUUGAUGCAGUUUUUCAGUGAGAGCAGCUGAAACGGACGUUUGUAGGAACAACUGACAGUGCCUGUCUGGGUCCGUCACGGAGAUCUUGGUUCUGUUACCUCCGGCUCUGAGGGCGCCUGGGGGGGCGGACGUCCCGGCGGGAGGCAGGUGGCGCCAUUCCCGGCGCACAGCUCCAAGUGGCUGGCUAAUGGAUUUUACCAGCGGGGGCUCUGCCUGUAAUCAUGCAUUUAUAAUCACUUUUCUUGGGUCGGGUGGGGGGCAGGUAUCGACAACGAGACACCUCAACACGUCAAGGACUUCUCCUAUCAGAGAGCUGUCCUUACAGCAGAGGAUGAUGGGAAAUUCUGCUCCCUGGACAUAAACGGUCCAGUCUGUCGCCACAGAGAUUUGCUUGAGUGUCUGAAGGCGAAUGUUUUCGUGCGUAGAGUAGCUGCUGAAACCGUCCAGCCGUGUCCUGUGAAUGGCUUCAGUCCGCCGUUAGACGUGUCCGCUAGAGGCGUUUGGUGAUCUAAAUGUUCUGUGUUCCUUAUCGUCCCACAGGGGGCUUUGGCUGCCGUUGCUCUUUUAUCGCUGGAGUUCAGAGCUGGGGGGGCGGGGCGGGGCUGUGCCCCCCCUUCAUGAAGCUGUUGUGUUUUUGGACUUCGUUGUGAAUGUUUUAUGUUUUUUACUUUGCUGGGGGCUUUGCGUCGCCUCCGCUGAAGCUCACGACCAUUGGAACGGCGCCUCCUCCUCCUCCUCCUGGGGUCGGUUUCACCGCUGAGGGGGAGGCACGGCCCUUCUGAAUGCACGGCGGCGGCGCAUGAAGUCAUCACUGAGGAGGUCGAGGGUCAGAGAAGGGUCAUGGACUGAUGACACUGAAAUGUGAUGAACCAG